AUACAAGUACAAUACUGAAGAAUAAUAACCGCAUAUUAUUUUUACAAUUACAAAAUAAGAGUACAAUUAUUAUCAAACACAAUUAAUAGCAAUUACAAUGUACAAAGAAAAAUAAAUAAAUAGACCCAAUUAAAUCUUGAAACAACUCAGGUCAAAGUCAACCAAGUCCAUCCCACAAGUAGGGGUGGUUAUUUGGACCGGGACCGGAUUAAAAACCGAAAACCGGACCGUAUAACUCGGACCGAGACCGGACCGGGACCGGAUAGUAAACAAUCCAAUCCAAUUUUUGGGCUUAGAUUUGAGGUAAAAAACCGGAUAAAGACCGGAUAAGAGAGCUCAACACCCAAAACUUAAGGGUAAUUUGCAUAAACGGUCACAAACCUUUGCACUUAGUACAAAACUUAACCAACUCCUCACCCUUUAAGGCCUUAGGCCACUCAAAUCCCACAAUCUCAAUGUAAAAUCAAGACCGAAUUGGGACCGAACCGGAUCAAAACCGGACCGGAUCAAGACCGGACUGUAUCCAAUUCAAUCUUCGGUCCUUAUAUUUUCAAAAAUACCGGACUGGACCGGAUCAAUUUGGGCCAAUUUAACCGGACCGUAUAGCCACCCCUACCCACAAGGCCAAGUCAACCCUCAAUGAAGUCAAACCGGUCAGAGAUUAGGUAUGACCUAACCCAUAUCGGUCAGACCCAACCCAGACCAGUCCAACCCAAAACCGACACUGUUACUGACUUGCUCCCCAAGCUAACUUUUCUAUUUAAUGACCCUUUGAGCAGACAAAAAAGGGGACUCUUCUUCUGGAGGGUUUCCUCUGGAUCUUCAUCUCGACCUAGCUUCCAGGGACUUCCCUCACCCUUCCUUUGCAAGAAAAAGGACAUAUCUCCUCACCUUCCUCUUCGUCCUAAAAACACACAAAAACAGAGCAAAAAGUGAACAGACAAGUGAAGAAAACCUCUAUUUUAACCCCACAAAAAGACUCCAUUCACACUUCCUCUCCUUACAAACAUAGAAAGCAAAUAUGUAAACUUCCCCCCUCUCUUCCUUUCUUCUUCUUUCUUUAGCCACACACAAAACACAACAACAACAAAGACAAGAAGAACUAAAAAGAAGCAAAUGACAGAAGGCAGCAGCUAAACACCCACAACAUGUGGAGAGGGGCAGAUUCAUUCACGCACCUCAAACAAAGGUUGGUAAUCUAAGGUAAUCAAACUAAUCAUCAUUUAUCAUCUAUAUCAUUCAUCCUACUUUUCUACCUCGCACCCUUUUCUUUGUCCUCGUCGCAAACCAGAACCAAUUUUCCUAAACAACCAGUAACUCACAAAAUGCCCGAUUUUGAUCCCAAAACUUACCUAAACUAAGCACCUCUCUCUUGUCGGCGUCACCAUCACUGCCGGCGAAAUUCAGAGCCUCUGCCGGCGGAAUCCUUUUAUUCCCACCGACUAAUUUCCAUAUUCAUAACUCAGCCGAAAACCCAGAAAAUUAAACAAAUUAAAAUAAGUCGGAACCGCAUUUGAAAAACCAAGCCAAAAAAUCGAGAGCAAACAUAAAACCCACGUACAACCCUUGUUGCCGUCGUCGCCAGUACCGCCAUAUACAGCCCCGGCGUUCUUGCCGGCAGUCGCCUCUGACCUCGCUUCCCCUUUUUCUCCUCAAAAAAUCCAGAAACGAAAAUCAUGAUCCUAAAAUCUCCAACAGAUCCACAAAAAGUCAUGCAACCUAAAAAUACCCACCUCCGCCGUCACCAUGGCCUCUGGCGUUUCGCGUCGCCUUCGUCGAAAUGGGAGAGAUCGAUUCCUUUUUCGCUUUUCUCUCUUUCCCCUCGUCGAUCCCAUAGAGUAGUGGGGAUUACUUUGCUUGGUUCGUUGUCUUCAAAGGAGAGAAGGAGAGAUUGGAAUGGUUUUGGUUCGUUAGCAGAGAAGAUGCAGAGAGAACGAGUGAGAAGUGAAGCAGGGAAUAGAAGGAAAGAGGGGCGGGCGAUUGAAGAGGCGGCUAGGGUUUCUAGUUGUUAGGUUUUUUUAUUUUUAUUUUUUCACCGACCAUCGUAAAUGACCAAAUUACCCCUCUUAAUUGUCUUUAAUUACCCGCUGUCACUCCGGUCUUACCUUUUGUGAAAUAAAAAAAAACUGCUUCUGAUGCGGUUCGAACUGGUGAACCGAGGCUGACGAGAAGCGUUUUUCUAGAAAUAGCAUCUUUACAAAAAAAAUUACAAAAAUAGCACCCAUUCGUAAAAAUUUACACUAAUAGCACCCUUUUUAAUAGAACGCACAUUGUAGAUGCGUUUUAUGCAAUGCUGUCAAAGCCAAGCCGGAGUAUGACCCGGUAACGUGAACGGCUCGGUCAUUAGUGGUCCAGCCGACAUUAGACCGUUUAAAAACCGUUUGAGAACCGGUACCUAAUAAACGAAACUUCUAAAUAACUCAAUCAAGUAAACAAAAAUUGCUAAAUGGAAUAGGAAACCUCACGGGUCACGGCAGCAACACAAACAAACCAUUACAAACAAACAUUACAAACAAUCAAGUAAAUUUAUUAAUUUAGUAAUUUACCUGAAGAGGCCGACGUUCCGCUGAAGAAGAUUGAGCCUGGAUUCUCCCGGGUUCUGGCGGGCGCCGGCGGUGACGAUGCAGAGGUCAGAUCCGAUGGUGAUGGAGUAAUCGGUCGAGGAGAGGAUCUGGGUGCGCGGGAGGAAAGCAGCGGCGUGCUGAUGGCGAACGGAGACAGUGACGGGGACCCGCGAAUGGCGACGGGGACCACGAACGGAGACGGCGACGGGGACCCACGACGGUGACGGCGACUAGCUCUUCUUCCGUUCUUCGUGUCUGGCUACUGCGCGAAGGGGGAGAAGAAAUGAAUGUCUCAAUGUCAAUUAGGAUUACGUUUUCAGCAGCCUCCCCUUCAUUUUUUAUUUUUGAUACUUUUUUUUAAUUAAAGCAACCGGCCCAAAUGGUAAAAGCCGGUCGAGCGGCUCGAAGCGGUUCGAGCGGUUAACCGCUUCGGCCGCUCGCCGACCGCCCCAAAGAACCACUCCAGCUAAAUAGCUGAGUCGAGCCGGUUUUAUGGCCGGGUGGCGGUUUUGGCGGCUCGACCGGCCGACUUGGCUCGGCUUUGACAACAUUGGUUUUAUGUGUAAAUCGCACCCUAAGGGUGCGUUUUACAAAUAGAUCGCACUGGUAAGGUGCGUUCCAAUUAUCUGGACUCAAAUCGCACUUUAGCCAAGCGAUUUUAGGUCUGACCUACUGAAAUCGCAUGGCCGAGGUGCGGUUUUAGGUCUGACCUAUUAAAAUCGCAUCAUAAAGGUGCGAUUUGUUUCUCCCAAACAAAAUCGCACCAUGAGGAUGCGAUUUUGCCAUACAAACCGCACCUUGAAGGUGCGGUUUUGGUCAAUCAAUUUCUGACAUGCCA